AUGCUCAGGCUGUCAGCCCGCCUCCCUCGUCGCUCCUUCAUUAUGCCUUCUGCCCGCAAGAACUCUACCACUCCCGAAGUUGCACCCAAAGGCUACGCCAUUGACCCAUCCGCUGGCCCAAUGCUCCGUUUCCAAGCAUCCCUCCCCAAACUUCCUAUUCCCGCUCUCGAAUCAACCGCGCAAAAAUACCUUGACUCUGCCAAGCCCCACUUAACCCCAGUCGAGUUUUCUCAAACCGAAGCCGCCGUUCAUGCCUUCUUGGGUUCUCCGUUGGCUGCAGAGUUGCAGAAACGGCUGGAGGCAAGGGCUGCUGAGCCCGGGAGAGGGAACUGGUUGAGCGACUGGUGGAAUGACGUGGCGUAUAUGGGCUAUCGCGAUCCCGUGGUCGUAUUCGUCUCGUAUUUCUACGUCCACGUCAAUGACCGCCUUCGCACCAAGCAAGCACAGAGAGCAGCGGCGCUCAUCAAGGCAAUGCUACCGUUCAGACAGAUGGUAGAAUCAAAGGAGCUCGAGCCGGAGAAGGUCAAAGGAGCCCCGCUUUGCAUGUCCUCUUAUAAAUGGCUCUUCCAUUCAUGUCGAUACCCCGUUAAACCUUCAGAUACCGCACACAAAUUCGACCCUGCAACCCAUAACCACAUCGUAUUUGUUCGCAAAAAUAAAUUCUUCCAGGUCCCCUUAGCCCAUCCUUCCGGAAAAGAACUCUCAGCUGCCGAGCUCGAAUCACAAAUUGAACGGGUUAUUGAACUCGCUGGCUCUGAGUUGGCGCCGCCCGUUGGUGCCUUGACGUCUGACAAUCGGGAUAAUUGGACAGAUGCCCGUGCUGCGCUGCUUGCUGCCUCUCCGGUCAACGCCGCCAGUCUAGAAGCCAUCGAAAGCGCUAUGAUCAUUGUCGCUUUGGAUGACACAAGCCCAGUUACUCGGGAGGAGAUCUCAAAAGCUUGCUGGGUUGGGGAUGGCCGCAACCGAUUCUAUGACAAGCACCAGCUUAUCGUCUUCGAAAAUGGUCGUUCGGGCUUCCUCGGCGAACACUCGUGCAUGGAUGGCACACCUACUUUACGCAUGAACGAGUUUGUUCUCGCCACACUUGCAACUGGGAAAGCCGAUCUUGGUACACCGACUGGCGAGACCCUGCCUACCCCCACUCUUCUCCCCUUCGAGCUUACGUCCUCGACGUUGUCCCUUAUCGACGGCGCAACGCAACGAUUCGAUGACUUGGUGGGCGAGCACGAGCUUCAUGUUCUGCAAUACACUGGAUACGGCAAAACCUUGGUGGCCAAGACGUUCAAAGCCUCCCCUGAUGCUUGGGCCCAACUGGUCAAACAACUGGCUUUUGGUCGCAUGUUCGGCCGUCCAGGGGUCACUUACGAAAGCGCUCAGACCAGAAAAUUCCAGCUCGGUCGCACAGAGGUCAUCCGUGCAGCUAGCAAUGAGAGCAAGGCUUGGGUCGACGCGAUGCUCGAUGUCAACGAAACUGACGAAAAUCGUGUCUCACUCAUGCGCGAGGCGAUCCGCCGUCAUGGAGAAUAUGCCACAUGGGCUGCAGAUGGGCAGGGUGUGGACCGCCAUCUCUUUGGGCUGAAGCGGAUGCUGCGGCCCGAUGAGCCGGUUCCCGAGAUAUACCAAGACGCGGCGUUUUCGCGUACGAAUCAUUGGGAGCUUAGCACGUCCCAGCUCUCCUCGCCGUUCUUCGACGGCUGGGGCUAUGGCGAGGUCGUGCCUGAUGGCUAUGGCUUGAGCUAUGCGAUUGGGGAGCGCUAUAUUCGCUGGACGAUUACGAGUAAGAGGGGAGAUGCCGCGAGAUUGAGGUAUUAUUUGGAAGAGGCUGCGACGGAGGCGAGGGAAGUGAUGGAGAGGGUUAUUGCGAAGGAGCAGAAGGAGGCUGCUGCUAAGGGCAAGUUGUAG